AUGGGCUGCUGCGCUUCCAAGAAGCCUGCCACCCCCACAAAGCAGAGGUCUCCGACCCCUUUCUCCGGUGGCAGCUACUCAAUUGGCAAAGGCAAAACUGCGCCGAUCUUGAAAUCUCCGAGCAGCUCUUCAGAAAAACUGUCGACACUCACAUCAGAUGUGACUUUUCGUGUCAUGAGCGAUGCCGGAGGAGGCUUCUACCAGGUCCUGCCUGAUCAAGUUGGUGGCGAAAUCGCCGUGGGGUAUCUGCAGUUGAAUGCUUCAGAAAUCGAGCGGACGGCCCUAACGCAGCUGCCCAGCUCCAGAGAGAUCCCAGGAAGAUACCGCCUGAGAGCAUCUUCUUCGCUCCACGACAGACCUUCGCCGAAGAGCGAGGAGAUCGGAGAGGUGCCUGCAGGCGAAGAGUUGCUUCUCUUCGACUUGAGUCAUCAUGCUCAAGACGGCCAAUGUCAAGUCUAUGCGAGAGUCAAAACUCAAGGCAACUGCAUUGGCUGGAUGGUCUUGGAGGACGUGCAAGGUCCGAAAGUUGAUUCCACCAACUUGCUGGGUCCGGAUGUGGCGAAGAUUGGGAAUGACGCAGCGCAGCAGGCUUUGAAAGGCAUUGCUUCCGGCUCUGUUCCGUGGAAGGUUGGUGGGUCGUAUCGCACUUUGCAUUCCCAGCCUCUGCUAGAGCAGCCUGUGCUGGAACGACACCAAAACCAGACGAAGACGCUCUUGGAGACAGUUCCAAGCGGUUCGCUUGUGCGACUUGCGCAAAUCAACAAACUGGCGGACGAUCCUGAGAAGUCGGAGCGCAAGCUGUGGUUGAUGGUUCGUGUGGUCGAUGGCAAAAAGUCAGGAAGCUCAGGAUGGCUCAGAUCGGUGCAAGGAAACGAGUGCUUGAUGGACACGAGAGCGCAGUGGGAGGAGGAAAAGCUGGUUAUUGAAGAGCUGCUGGCAGCCUAUAAUGCUCCGAUUUCUGCACUGCGACUACCAAAACUUGGAAAGGCCGAUGGAGUGCAGGAGAUAGGAACCUCUCUUGAAGACCAGCCGAUACAAGAACUUGACGGUCAACUUGACAAUCACGAUCGUGAAGUCGCUUGUGGCCUCUGCAUGUGUCGACUUCUUCCGAUCGGAAGGUUGCACCCAGCUGUUCUCCAGGAACACGACCAUUCCCUGCCGACUGCGCCAGCGGAUUCGCAAGCACUCACAAAUGAAGAGUUUCAUCGCUGGCUGACGAACAUCUACUCGCGCUUCAACCCAAGGUUGCUGCCGAAGGUUCCAGAGUACAUGCAGAAGUACAGAGGCAGAGAGCCUGAGCUCGUGGAAAGCAUAUGUAGCAAGUAUCGUGUAGCUGUGCCUCCUGGGUGGUACAAGCUCGGCUAA